AUGGCGGCUGGGGUGAGUGUGCUUCACGGUGCCUUUUGCUUGCUUUGUCCCCAGGUCCCAGCGUUUGAAGGUGAUGAUGGAUUCUGUGUGUUUGAAAGCAAUGCCAUUGCCUACUAUGUGAGCAAUGAGGAGCUACGUGGAAGAACCCCAGAGGCAGCAGCCCAGGUGGUGCAGUGGGUGAGCUUCGCGGACAGUGACAUAGUCCCCCCAGCCAGUACCUGGGUGUUCCCCACCUUGGGCAUCAUGCAUCACAACAAGCAGGCCACCGAGAACGCCAAGGAGGAGGUGCGGCGAAUCCUGGGCCUGCUGGAUGCUCACUUGAAAACCAGGACUUUCCUGGUGGGUGACCGAGUGACCCUGGCUGACAUCACAGUCGUCUGCACCCUCUUGUGGCUGUACAAACAGGGAAUUUGGGUGAUGCUCCGUGCUCAGCAUGUAUGUGGCAGCGAAGAGACUUCCUUUGCUGCUGCGUUCUUGGGAAGCUUGCGUGUGCCUAGGGAGGUGCCGUCUGGGUCUCCUGGCGGUCUCGCUGUGAGUCUUGGUUUGUCACUACUAGUGGGACGGGUAGAGGUACGUGCGUGUGUACUUGCUGCUGAGGGUGGUGUCUGUCCUCCCCCGCGGAGGAAGAGAGUGGGUGAGGCAGGCGCUUCAGUUGCCCCAGGCUGCAUCCUCGCUUCAGAAGACCAUGGAAACAGGCCCACUUUGCACUCUCCCUCCGCCCCAGCUAAGAAGUUUGCCGAGAUCCAGCCUAAGAAGGACGCCCCUCGGAAAGAGAAGGCGCCCCGGGAGGAGAAGCAGAAGGCCCAGGCGGAGCGGAAAGAAGAGAAGAAGGAAGAGAAGAAGGCCGCAGCUCCUGCCCCUGAGGAGGAGAUGGACGAAUGCGAACAGGCACUGGCUGCUGAGCCCAAGGCCAAGGACCCCUUUGCUCACCUGCCCAAAAGUCCCUUCGUGCUGGACGAGUUUAAGCGCAAGUACUCCAACGAGGACACCCUCUCGGUGGCACUGCCGCAUUUCUGGGAGCACUUUGACAAGGAAGGCUGGUCUCUGUGGUAUGCUGAGUACCGCUUCCCCGAGGAGCUGAGCCAGACAUUCAUGAGCUGCAACCUCAUCACUGGAAUGUUCCAGCGGUUGGACAAGCUGAGGAAGAAUGCCUUCGCCAGCGUUAUCCUCUUCGGAACCAACAACAGCAGCUCCAUUUCGGGGGUUUGGGUCUUCAGAGGCCAAGAGCUUGUCUUUCCGCUGAGUCCAGAUUGGCAGGUGGACUAUGAGUCAUACACAUGGCGGAAACUGGAUCCUGGCAGUGAGGAGACAAAGACGCUGGUCCAAGAGUACUUCUCCUGGGAGGGGGCCUUCCAGCACGUGGGCAAAACCCUCAACCAGGGCAAGAUCUUCAAGUGAACGGCCUGCCGGUGUCCCACCGCCUGCACCUGCCCUGUGGGGCGAUGGAUGGGGGGGGGUCAUUAAAAGAAGCUGAGCAGUGA